CGGAGUUAAGUAACUGUAGCGGGUAUUAUCUCCGACAACACCAAGACCAACUUCUCUUUCACCUCCGCAUCUCAACCGUCCUAAUUCUUCCAUACCACAUCAAAGACGCCAGCACAAAAUGACCUCCCUAAACCAAGAUCAGAUAAAAGCCCUCGAGCAAUCCCGCCAGCGUCUCGUUCAAUUAACCCACUCCCUCAGCUCCCUAAUCACCAGCCUAAACACCAGCGAUCCUCUUCCCUCAUGGUCUUCCCUCCAAUCCCAAGCAACAAUUAUCUCCAACAACCUCGUCACAGUCUCCGAACACCUCACCGACCAACAAGACCUCUUCGGCUCGCUCGUCGCGUACCCAGGGCCCGACUACCCGAGCCGUACGCAAGGCCCUGCCCUCGAACAGCUCCUGCGCACGAAACUCGAUCCCCGUGUCGAAGACUGGGUAUCGCGCGGACGGACCGCAGGGCAGAAAUCGCAAUCGCAGGCGCGGGCACUGAUCCGAGGCCAAGAGCUGAGUGCGGGAGAUUUGACGGAGUUGUGGGAAUGGGCGCCUGUGGAGGCGAACCAGGAGGCUAGGGGGCGGAAUUGGGGUGGGAAUUUUACGUUGGAAGAGAAGGAGGCGGGGAUUGAGAAUGUUGUUACCGGACUGAGGAGGGAGUUGGAGGAUGAGGAUGAGAGUGAGGAAGAAGAGGAAGAAGAAGAGGACCAGAUGGAUAUUGUGGGGGCUAGGAGAAAGACGUCUGGUGGUGGGCUAGAGUUUGAUAUUGCUGCGAGACAGCCUGCGGAGGUGGCUGCUGCUGGGCCGGUGAUGCCGUUGGAUGAUGUUUUGAGGUUUAUGACGACUGGUUUGCCGCCAAAACAGCGGUGACUACGCUACGGCAAGUUUUACUGUGUGGAUACAACUGGAAAUGUGAAAAUCAUAGCGUCAAAUUAAAAUGCAAUUGCAACAAAGCAGAUUAACCCCGUCUCCGGGUAGUAGGGGUCUUGCCAGACGGCUUGGGAGACGCCCCGGUGCUCGCGGCAAUAGGAACCUGCUGCACAGGCCUGGAAGCCGGC